AUGGCAACUGAACAACAAGGGAAUUCAAGUGAUAUUUGUCAAAUUAAUGGCGUUCAUGAUCAACAUUUAAAUCAGACUGGUGAUGACAAAGUAACAAAUUCUUCCGAUGCGACAUCUCGUCAUUCACGUUUUUUUCGAACGAAACGAAAACAACGAUUAGGCGAAAAUCUAACGAGUGUAAAUGGACAAAUCAAAAUAGAUAUUCCAAUUGACCAUGUGUCAAAGUCUUUAGAAAAACUCAAAAUACGAUCUUCAUCCCCACUUCCUUCAUCAUUAGCGGCCACCGAUGAUUCAGACGAAAGCGAUGAAAGUAAUCCUGGAGUAGAUUUCGAAAAAAUACCAAAAAUAGAUAUAACUCCAGCACGACCAUCUAUCAUGAGUAUUAAUACUGGUUUUCAAUUAAAAAAGUCUCAUUCUGCUAAACUAACACGUGCCAAUGAAAAUGAAUCAUGCCCAAAGAAAGCCGUUCGUUUUGCCGAUGAUUUUGGUCUAGAUUUAAGUCAAAUUAAAGUAAUUAAAACCGAUGAAUUACCCUAUGUACCUCGUGCAGCAUUUAAAGAUUUACAUGUUACUGAUGAAUCAAAUUCAUCGGGCACGCGACAUCAAGAACCUUCGAAAUUAAUAACUUAUAUGGACCAACAAUUUUCAAAUCCUAUAUAUGCUGCAGAUUUUAACGAUCGUGUAUCUCGGCAGAAAAUUAUCCUUGAACAAGCGAAUGCCAUUGACAAUCGUAUUUAUGGAACAAUCAAAUUAGUUUCAUUUAGUUUACAAAAACGAGUGAAAGUUCGUUUAACAACCGACAAUUGGAUAUCAUUUCAAGAUCAUGAAGCAACCUACAUUACGAAUUCCUAUGAUGGUACUUAUGAUCGAUUUUCAUUUACGAUCGAAGUCGAUCGUUAUAGGAUAUGUGCUGGAAAUAAUAUUCAAUUUUCUAUUUGCUACACAUCCUUUGCUGGCCCCGAACUUUGGGAUAAUAAUUAUGAUCAAAAUUAUCGAUUCGAUUGCUUAUCAAGAACCAUACCUGAUUAUAGAGUUUAA